GUGACGCGUUGCGUCUCAACGCGCACAGCUGCCGCGCCGCUUUCUGACACUUUCCUGUCAAUUCGCUUUAUAAGACUGGAAAAACAAACUUAUAAGUUUCAGAUGACGGCGCGUAAACAUAUGUACUAUGUCUAAGAAUUUAGGUUGUUGUACUAUUAUUAUUUAUGAUCAUGUCUGCGUUGGAGCGCGCGACAAACUCUGAAGUUAGACAGAGCGAAACAUGGAAGCGACACAUUAUUAGACAGCUGAAACAUCGCAACAGGACACAGACCAGCGUCUUCCAGGACAUUAUUGACUCGUAUCACAGUUUGCUGGAGAAGUCCAAGCAAAGAGCCUUCAUAACCAAAGGCAUUCUGGGAUCAGGGUCAAGGCCCUCGGCGGUCCCCUCAUCUGAAGAUUCACUGACGUCUCUAAAGACGACCACCGGUGAGCUUGCAUACCAAGUGGUGGAACUGCAGCAGCGACUCCAGAUGAAGGAAGCGACACUGGAUGAACAACAUACCAAGCUGAAUGAGGUCCAAAAGCAUCUCAGUGUUCUGGCUUCAGUGCACGGUGAGCUUCAGGAGCGCGUGGCUGAGGUGCAGACUGGAAACCGACUCCUGAAACAAACCUAUGAUUCUCUGCUGGAGCAGCACCAGGACACGGAGAGGACGUACCGACAGGAGAAACUCCACAGCGCCGAGAUCCUGGAGAACAUGAUCCAGCUAAAACAGCAGGCUGCGGCCCGCAUGAACCAUCGGAACGAGAAGAGAGUGAGAGCCAGAGAGGCCAGUAUUCACAAAGAGCUUCAGAUGGCUGCCAGUAAGAAUGUGAAAAUAAACGAAGAGUCUGGAAAUACGUCACCCUCCGAACCAUCAUCCCCCAAAUGUGAAACUGCGGAGAGAGUCCAGAGAUCACAUGGACCACUUUUCAGGUCUGCUUCAGCUACGUCCCCCCGCAUCAUCAGCUCCAUCAGAGGACUCUUUGAGAGGAAGAUCAGAGGUAAAUCAGUCUGCAGGUCAGAAGAGGAUCUCUUUAUCCCAUUAGGAGUCUGUCUGGUUGCCAGAGUCCCAACCAAGGCAAUUCAUACACUGGAUGCUCAUGAGCUGGGAAUCAACGCUGUGCGGUUCAGUACCAGUUCAAACCUGUUGGCAACAGGAGGGACUGACAGAGUCAUCAAACUGUGGGACAUUGAAGGAGGAACUCUUCAGAACAGAGGGACUUUAGAUGGAAGUAAUGAGGGCAUCACCAGCAUUGAGUUCGACCCUACGGGCACUCGGAUUUUAGCUGCGUCAUAUGACAAGUCAGCGCUAUUUUGGAGGAUCGAGGACAGCGUUCCCAAGGUUACAUUGACGGGUCAUUCUCGUAAAGUGACGGCAGCCAAAUUUAAAUACAGCCAGAGGCAGGUGGUCACGGGCAGUGCGGACAGGACCGUCAAGAUAUGGGACCUCCAGCGAGCAGCGUGCAUACAAACCAUUGAGGUUUUGUCUUUCUGUAGUGACGUUGUGUGCUCCGAGUACCUUAUCAUCAGUAGCCAUUAUGACAGAAAAUUACGGUUUUGGGACAGCAGGGCAGCGACCUGCACGCAGGAAGUGCCUCUUCAGGGCAUCGGGACAUCAUUGGACCUCUGCCCUAACCACAGGCAGUUGCUCAGCUGCUCCCGGGACGACGUCCUGCAGCUGGUUGACCUGAGAAAGAGUAACGACAGGGUGGCCUUCAGAGCAGAGGGCUUCAAAUGUGGAAGUGACAGCACCAAGGCCAUCUUCAGUCCGGAUGGCAGUUACCUGGCAGCUGGCUCUGCGGACGGUGCCAUGUACAUAUGGAAUGUGAACACAGGAAACCUAGAAAAACGGCUUCCAGACAUGCACAGUGCUCCAAUAAGCGCUGUAGCCUGGUCGUUGUCGGGCGAAUACAUGGUAAGCGUGGACAAGAGCCGUCGAGCUGUGCUCUGGAGUGAUAUCUGAGACCAGACAUGGGCUCCCUUUUUCCAUCUUAUCAACUAAAAUUCCUCCUGGAAAUGCACUCAGGGAUGUCAUCACAACACAACCUUGUUGGGACAAGCUCACACUCUGCACUCCGUCAAGAGCACGACCCACAGUGCUGUGACAGUCGUUGUUGCUAAGAAGCCGUGUCAUUCAAAAGCACAAACAGAUGUGCUAAUGUUACUGGGGUCUGGCGACUGUCGAGCGGAGCUGUCUGGGUUUUGUUUUGAAACCUUGUUACAAAUGAAUUACUGACGCAGGACGUGACGAAGCAUUUGUUGGCCUUCCUUUUGCUUGACUUACUAUAAUUGCCAGCCACUUUAAAAUUCUCUUGACAUACACCAGAUAUUUCAGCCUCUGGGAUUUGAUAUCAAAGGGAAACAUGAACAAAAUGGAACCAACCUGUUUUAAGAACAUGACAGCACAUUUCUGAUCACGUGGAAACUCGAACCCAGCCUAUUCGCAUAUCAGUCCUAUUUUUAGAAAUCAAAACACAGACAUCAUUUUCAAUGCCUGCUUAAAGCCCAUUGUAUAUUGUCGCACAAUCGCGAUUAAUCGCAUCCAAAAUAAAAGUUUGUGUUUACAUAAUAUAUAUGGGUGCACUGUA